AUGCUCGACACCCUACAGCCCCACGCCUAUGUCAAGGAAACACUCAAUGCUCAAUCAACGUACACCAACAGCCAGGACGAUAAUACAGCGGAACACCGUAUCAAUCAGUAUUUAAUCAAGCAGGAAAUUGGCAGAGGCUCGUUUGGUGCCGUCCACCUAGCUACGGAUCAGUAUGGGCAGGAAUAUGCCAUUAAAGAAUUCUCAAAAUCUCGCCUGCGAAAACGGGCUCAGUCUCAUGGUCUCCGCCGUCGUCCCGGAAGACAUCCAGGUGUUCAACCUGCUGGUGUUGGCUUCAAUUCACCACUCCAUCGGCACCCUUCUGGAAUCGACGAAGGUGAAAACGGAAACUCUCUAUACCUUAUCAAAGAGGAGAUUGCAAUUAUGAAAAAGCUCAAUCACAGCAAUCUUGUGUCCCUGAUAGAGGUGCUAGAUGACCCUACCGAAGAUUCUCUCUAUAUGGUGAUGGAGAUGUGCAAGAAAGGUGUCAUCAUGAAAGUCGGCCUAGGCGAACAGGCAGACCCAUACAGUGAGGAAAACUGCCGAUGUUGGUUCCGUGACCUUAUCCUAGGCAUUGAGUAUCUACAUGCGCAAGGGAUUGUGCAUCGUGAUAUAAAACCAGAUAACUGCCUAUUAACAAACGACGACGUCCUCAAGGUAGUCGACUUUGGUGUUUCCGAGAUGUUCGAGAAGACUUCAGACAUGUUCAUAGCUAAGUCAGCAGGCUCACCUGCCUUUAUCCCACCGGAGCUUUGCGUUGCCAAGCAUGGUGAGAUCUCCGGUCGAGCAGUUGAUGUGUGGUCUAUGGGAGUGACUCUGUACUGCCUACGCUAUGGCCGCAUACCAUUCCACACAAGCAAUAUAUUCGACUUAUACAACGCUAUCAGAAAUGACAAAGUGGAGCUUCCUGGCGAGACUAAUGAACAUUUCAAGGAUCUCAUGACGAAGAUUCUCGAGAAGGACCCUGCUAAAAGAAUUACUAUGCCACAGUUAAGGGCGCACCCUUGGGUUACCAAAGACGGUACAGAUCCCCUUCUGUCUGAGGAGGAGAAUACAGCAACUCUCGUGGGGCCACCGACAGAAGAGGAAAUGGAUACCGCCAUCACUAGGAAUCUAGGCCAUGCGCUUAUCGUAGUUAAAGCCGUCCAGAAAUUUAAACGACUUAUAAAUGACGGAAGCCCGUUGCAGAUGGAGAGCAUUCUCGGUGAGGGUGAAGAAUCGCACUUUGUGCAGCCUCCUCUUCUCAUGGGAGAAGAGGAAGAAGAAGAGUUUAGUGCCGUCUUGCAUCAUAGGAACAUGCAAGAACAUGUUUAUCCCAGACGGCCAACUCAACCCAAACGGCCAAGUCAGGCAACUACCGAUAAUUCACCAUCAGUUUCCACUCCGCCUCUCGAGAUAUGUACAUCUCCAUCCCCACAACUCCAAUCUACACCCAGAGCAGAUACACCCACGCGACAGACAGGUUCUGAAGGCACCCGUGGUCAUGCUCGUGACCCGCUAGAGGAAGAGAUGCCUUUCCUCCACAUUGGCCCGUCAAAUUUUGGACCGGAGGCCGAACUUAACCAAACAAAACCAGAUGAUUCGGCCUUGGAAUCUGGUGGAAUCCCGAUCCCUGCUAGGCCGACUCUUACUGAAUCACCCAUGAUCGUCAGUGAAUCUCCUCCGGCAGCGGACAUCGAUAUCUACGAGACAGCAUAUAAAGAGAUAAUCGAACGGAUAACUAGCCGGAGUCGCGCAGCCCAAUCACCUACACCUAGGGUAUACCUCAACCGAAGAGUUGAGAAGAAGGCAACAGCAUCUUCUGGCCUGUGGUCGCAAGUGAGAAGGAAUAGCAAAUUGUCAGGUGUACCCAGUCCUUCGACUGCUACUCCUGUACCUGGCUCCCCUCCUCCGCGCCCUAGCCCUAUCAAGCGAUUCACUGCCGCAGCUGCAUCUUUUGCAGCAUCUUCGGGAAGGCAGUCGCCGUCGCCGUCGCCGUUGGCAACAUCGGUAAAGGUGAAUGAUGUGGUUGACUCGGAUAGGGUUAUUGAAUCUAGUCCUCUGGACACCUCUGCCGCUGUAAUAGAGACAACGGCUUCCCCCACCGCACUAUCACCGGUUGAUGAUGCGAAAAAGGGCAUUUGA